GAGCUUUCUCCCCUCCUCCCUCUGCCUUUUCUCUUGUGCUUAAUGCAACUUUUUGCAGCUUGCAGGAGGGUUGGGAGCAGGGGGUCUCUGGAUGGGGAUGCAGUGGGGAGAACUCAGAUGGGGCUGUAAGGCUGCCUCUGGGUGGCUAAUUCUUUGUGCUCAUUGACUGCCGGGACUAGUGGCUAACCCUAAACUGCCCCAGAAAUACCCCAGGGCAGGCCCUGCUCCUCUCCCCCUACCCAGCAUUUUCCCUAUCUGGGGUGCUGUGUUAGGAUGUGGGGGUGUUGCUGGGCAUGGCUGCUGUUUGACUGAUUGCUCCAUGCAGGAGAGACUGAUCCAGGAUCCAGGGUUCACCCCAUUUUUUCCCCAGUGUAGCCAGGAGGCAGCUGGAAGUCCCCCCACAGCAUAACCAGGCUGCCACCACAAUAUGGCAGCAGGUAGGCUGUGCGAUUAGGACUGCAGUAAGGAUCCCCGUCUGCUUCUCAAAUGCUAUCCUGCCAUGAAGCUGUGUAUUGGCUACACCGGUGGCCCCUAUCUGUGGAGGUAUCUGAAGGAGAGUUGCUGCACUGGAUUGCAGUGAAAGCUAGAUUUCUACAUGGCAGCACCCAUUACUAGAGGGAGGCGGGGAAUAACUUCAAUACUGUGGUUUUUAAAGGUAGAACGAUCAGUGUGAAAAGACAGAACCUAUCUUUGGAAGGGACAUCAACUUGCAUAGGGCCUGCCUAAAAAAAGUAUGGCCUCUCAUCUGCAGAUCUUUUCCUCUCACGGCCUCCCGCUGAGCGCCAUCUAUAGCGUGAAGAAGCCAAAGUUGGAACCAAGCCCUAGCUGGGAUAUGACCGGUUACGGCUGCCACAGCAAAGUCUAUAACCCAGGCAAGAACAGCUCCUCAUCUGGCCAGCCAAUACUCGCCCACGCUUCUCUUCUUCAGGCACCUUACGAACAGACGGUCAUCUUUCCCACCAGCGCAGGUCACAUUGUAGUGACUUCAUCCAGUAGUGGGUCAUCAGCCACAAGCGGUCAAACGCUUGGUGGCCCCCAAACCAACCUGAUGCGUCGAAGCACAGUCAGCCUUCUGGAUACUUACCAGAAGUGCGGCUUGAAGAGAAAGUGUGAGGAGCUGGAAAACAACAGCAGUGUGCAGAUUGUGGAAGAGCAUCCUCCAAUGACCCAGAACAAUGCAAGCGGUGCCACAGCUGCUAACACCUCCACGGCCACCUCCAAAAACAGUGGCUCCAACAGUGAAGGUGACUACCAGCUUGUGCAGCAUGAGGUCCUGUGCUCUAUGACCAACACCUAUGAAGUACUGGAGUUCCUGGGUAGGGGCACAUUUGGGCAGGUGGUAAAAUGCUGGAAAAGAGGAACCAAUGAGAUUGUUGCGAUCAAGAUCCUGAAAAAUCAUCCAUCUUAUGCUAGACAGGGGCAGAUUGAGGUGAGCAUCCUGGCACGCCUUAGCACAGAGAGCGCAGAUGACUACAAUUUUGUGAGAGCCUAUGAAUGCUUCCAGCACAAGAACCACACCUGCCUUGUUUUUGAGAUGUUGGAGCAGAACUUAUAUGACUUCCUUAAGCAGAAUAAGUUCAGCCCACUGCCUCUUAAGUACAUCCGGCCUGUUUUACAGCAGGUGGGCACAGCCCUUAUGAAGCUAAAGAGUCUGGGACUUAUCCAUGCUGAUUUGAAGCCAGAGAACAUUAUGCUGGUGGACCCUUCUAGGCAACCGUAUAGAGUUAAGGUCAUAGACUUUGGCUCUGCAAGCCAUGUAUCCAAAGCUGUGUGUUCUACUUACCUGCAGUCCAGAUAUUACAGGGCUCCUGAAAUUAUUUUGGGAUUACCGUUCUGUGAGGCUAUUGAUAUGUGGUCGCUGGGUUGUGUUAUUGCAGAGCUUUUUUUGGGCUGGCCUCUGUACCCUGGAGCUUCUGAAUAUGAUCAGAUUCGCUAUAUCUCGCAGACACAGGGUUUACCAGCGGAAUACCUGCUCAGUUCUGGGACAAAGACCACACGAUUUUUUAAUAGAGAUGGCGACUCACCAUAUCCACUCUGGCGUCUGAAGACUCCUGAUGACCAUGAAGCUGAAACAGGCAUUAAAUCGAAAGAAGCUCGGAAGUAUAUAUUCAACUGUCUUGAUGACAUGGCACAGGUGAACAUGGCGACUGAUCUAGAAGGUAGCGACAUGCUUGUGGAGAAAGCUGAUAGACGGGAGUUUAUUGAUCUCUUGAAGAAGAUGCUGACUAUUGAUGCAGACAAAAGGAUAACGCCCAUCGAGACCCUCAACCAUCCCUUUGUUACCAUGACACAUCUUCUAGACUUCCCGCACAGCUCACAUGUAAAGUCCUGUUUUCAGAACAUGGAGAUCUGUAAGCGGAGGGUUAAUAUGUACGACACUGUGAAUCACAGCAAGACCCCUUUCAUCACACACGUUGCUCCCAGUACUUCCACCAACCUCACAAUGACCUUCAGCAACCAGCUCAACACUGUGCACAGCCAGCCUUCUGCUGCAUCCAUGGCUGCCGUUGCUCAGAGGAGUAUGCCUCUGCAAACUGGUGCUGCACAAAUCUGUGCCAGGCCUGACCCCUUCCAACAGGCUCUUAUUGUGUGCCCGCCGACCUUCCAAGGUCUUCAAACCUCUCCUUCCAAACAUGGCGGGUACUCUGUACGCAUGGAAAACACAGUACCACUUGUCACUCAAACAGCUGGUGCUCAGGCCUUGCAGAUUCAGUCAGGACUCCUGACACAGCAGGCCUGGCCUAGCGGCACCCAGCAAAUCCUGCUUCCCCCGGCUUGGCAGCAGCUGGCCGGUGUAACUGCUCAUACCUCAGUCCAGCAUGCCACUGUGAUUCCAGAGAGCAUGACGGGCACUCAACAGCUGACUGACUGGAGGAACUCGCAUGCUCAUAGCACCCAUUACAAUCCAAUCAUGCAACAACCUGCGCUCCUUGCUGGUCACGUAACGCUGCCCUCUGCACAGCCUCUGAAUGUGGGUGUGGCUCAUGUUAUGAGGCAGCAGCCAACCAGCUCCUCCUCACGCAAGAAGCCGCACCACUCUUCAACAAGGAAUGUCUCUGCCUAUGAGGUUUCUUCUUCUCAGUCUCUCAGUUCCCCUCAGAGAUCUAAGCGGGUGAAAGAGAACACCCCCCCUCGCUGUUCCAUACCUCAAAACUCCGCCCCCUGUGUUCCUUCCAUUACCUGUGGCUGGGGAGAGAGCGCUGUAGGAGGAUCAAGAGAACGGCAGCGCCAAACCAUAGUCAUUCCUGACACACCCAGCCCAGCGGUGAGUGUCAUCACUAUCAGCAGCGAUACAGAUGAGGAGGAAGAGGAACAGAAACACGCCGCUCCCAGCCUCCCCAAACAACGAAGAAACGUCAUCAGCUGUGUCACAGUACACGAUUCUCCCAUCUCUGAUUCCUCCAGCAAUAUCAGCCCCUAUGCAACCAACGGGCAGCGACGUGGAGCCCAAGAGACCAAGUGUCCACCUGAGAACAUCUGCCCUGCUAACCCACGCACCAUAAUUGUUCCACCUCUGAAGACCCAACCAAGUGAAGGGCGAUUGGAGUGCGAGCGUCGACAGCCAGACACCACAACCAGCCACCAUACAUAUAAACCUAAGUCAUCUGCUUCCACUGUGGCAUCUGCCUCUCAUUCCUCUGGGAACUCUACAGGGGCCACCUAUCGUCAGCAGCGAGCACCUGGGCACUCCUUCCAGCAGCAACAGCCUCUUAACCUCAGCCAGGUGUCUCAGCACAUGAGCACAGAUCGAACUGGAAGUCACCGGAGGCAGCAGGCUUAUAUUACGCCGACACUUGCUCAGGCUCCUUACUCCUUCCCACACAGCAGUCCCAGCCAUGGAGCUGUGCAUCCACAUCUGGCGGCCCAAGCUCAUCUUCCCAGUCAGCCUCACCUGUAUACCUACACUGCCCCUGCUGCACUGGGCUCCACCGGCACUGUUGCUCACCUAGUGGCAUCACAAGGAUCUGCACGGCACGCUGCUUACCCUACCAGCAUUGUGCCUGUGAGCAUGGCAUCCAGGCUUCUCCAGUCGCCCAGCCUCCACCAUAGCCAGUACCAAGCUCAGUUUGCCCAUCAGACUUAUAUCCCUGCUUCUCCCUCUUCCACUGUCUACACUGGAUACCCGUUAAGCCCACCUAAGGUCAAUCAGUACCCUUACAUCUAGGCUUUUGCUGUGGGAAAGGGAUGGGGCACUGUGCUUAUGGAAAAGGGGAACGAAUGGGGCUAGAGGCAACUUUUAACUUGGAGCACUCUGGGUCAGCUUAAGAGCUUGAGUACGGGUCAGAUUAAAAAAAUAUAUAUAACAAUUUAAAAAAAAAAAAAAUGAAUUUGUAAUAUUUUCUACCACAACAGAGAUGAAGGAAAGAGUGUCUCAAUUUACAGCAAAACAGCUUGUGCGCAAAGAACUGGAAAUGUGUACGAGUUAGCCUACCAGCCAGUUAACCAACCAAUGGAGAGGAAAAACCAUAACAGUUCUUGUGACUGCAUCCUCUCAGCCAGGUUGGGACUGACCCCUGGAAAGGAACAGAGAGAUUCCCCAUCCCAUUGGACUUUAAGACUUGCUCCUCUGUUGGGUGGAAGGUUCAUUGUGAACAUCUCCACUGGAUUCGCUCAACUGAGUUACAAGGGGAAGGGUGUAUUUAUUAAUCGUUGAGUUAUAAAAGAGACUUCAAGCUUUUAUGACAUAGCAAAGAAUUAGGAGCGUAUGCAGAGUUGUAUAUGUUAGAUCUUGACUUACUGUAACUCUAGAUAAUUUUAUCCUUUAUUUUGAUUUUAUUUUAAUUUUUGCAGAGGGAAAUGUGUAGCACAGAUUGUCCACAAUCUGCACCAAAGGGUCCCCGGUCCCUUUCAUAUUUCUUUUUGGAAGGGUGGAACUCUGGUUACCUCUAAUAAUGCCAGCUGCAUAAUUUUAGGUUAAAACUUUUUUUUUUUUCCCUUUUAAGCAUAAAUUAUAAUUAUUUUGAGUUGUAGAGUAUUGUAAUUUUUAACAGAUCAUUUUAGAAGGGAAAUGGAUUUUAUGGAAUUUUUUUGUCUGGAUUUUUAAAAUGCAACCAAAACCAAGCAGCUUUUUAAAGAAAUUAUGGUUUUAGGGAAGUCGCAAAUGGGUGUGAGGAGGAAUGACGUUUUUUGGUUGGAGGCCCUUCUGAGAAACCUCAGACAUUGACUUGAGGGCCAUGUCAGAGGAAGCCUUCAGAAACUUUUGAGACGGAGAGCUCUGGACAUGAAAACCAGAAGGAAUUGCAAGGGAUAAUUGGUUGGACUUAAAUGGACACUGCUGCUAAUUUCUCACUAUUUCAAGUCACCUUAACUCCUUUAGUAGAAAGGUUGUCCCUUCUCUGUGCUACAGUGUAGCACAGUCACAUUGUAUCCUGUUUUAUAAGCUUCCCCAAUAGAUCUAUAUUUUAUCCUUUAUCAUUGAGUUGCACAAUAGGAUAGAGCUGUUUUCCCCAAAACAAAAACACUAACAGACCAAUGUGAUUUAAGAUAUUGGCAUGUAACUGUGACAGUCCUGGUAAGUGUGUAAUAAUUGUGUAUCUUGCCGUUUUCACACCGUUCGCUCGUAGUGCCUUACAAACUACUGAAGAUGUUUGGCCCCUCAUUGUGUCUCUGAUAUAGUCCCAUGGUAGUCAUUAGGUGGUCCACUGUCGUGUCACCUUAUUGUUAUUCCACUGGUGCUGUAAUCACAUGUACCACCUGAAAUUCAUUUGUAAACCUGAAUUUUCGUGUUUUUGAGUUCCAUUAAUUUAAUGUCUGGGAGGUGAACCAAUCAAUUGUAGCAAAGAGCCCAUAUGAUAAAUGUGGCACUUGCAAUAACUAUUAGUGCAACACUGCUACUAGUAAGACUUUGUAUUGAUCUGGCCCUUUAUUGCAUUUAGAUUUGUUAAUUUACUUGAGUCAGGAUAGCUGAGACUAAAAAGUAAAACAACAACAAAAACUGUAUAAAGGUGGUUUGCUAAAUCAAACUGUUGUUACUGCAAUAUUAACAUCUUAACAGUGUGUGUGUAUAUGUGUAUAUAUAUAUAUAUAUAUAUAUAUAUAUAUAUAUACACAUACAUACUCUCACAAACAUAAUUUUUCCAUAUCUAAAUAUGGGGUGCUGCUUUAAUUGAUGGGGCUAAUUUACUUAAGUUGAAUUUGCUUCCUUCCAGCCAGGGCUCCCUUUUUUUGUAGUCUCAGAAUACAAAAAAAGAAUUGUCAGCCAGAGGGACAGACUCUGUGCCUGUCCUGUGUUAAUAAAUUCAGCAACCUGUGCCGUGACUUCUUUUGUAGUGGCUAAUAUGUACACAUACAAUAAUAUAAAAUACAGGAAAUAAGUAGUGUCUUUCACCUACAGUAUUUUAGGGUCAAUAAAAAAAUAAAUCCGUUAUUUAUUGCUAUAUUUAAUUUGGAAUUAUAACUUGUCAAAGAUAGUAAAGGCUUAUACAGUACAGAGAGUGAUGAGAUAUAUAUAUUAUAAUUUGAUGUAAGUUGCUUAAUAUAAAAGUAGACCAAGGCUCCAAAGUUAUUACACGGUUUAAAUAAGAGCAUUGAUCAGUGGGCUAAUCAAUUCCUGGCAGUCGUAGUGUAGAAAGGUUACUGUUGAGGCAUCUGGAGCACGGUUCUUUUGAAAAAGUUUGUAAAUCUGGCAAAAGCCCCCUCAGGUAUCACCUUUGGUGAAUUGUGAUCAGUCUAACAGUUAAAAUUCUUGUCAGGCCUUUACAAAAACUUCCCUAGUAGUAAUUACAAAACUAGACAAUUCUAUUUGUAUUUUUCAUUUUUGUUGUAUUUUUUUAUGAUCUUAUGCAAAAGCUGGGUAAAUCAGAAAACUUCAAACUAUCUAUUAAAUGGAAUCCCUGCAAAUAUUCUUCUGCCAUUCUCUACAAAUGAGUACAUUUUUCCUUUAAUAUGUUUCACUAUCCUGAGAGUCAAAUAUUAAAAAAGACUAAAUCUUCAA